GUUUUAGUUUACUCUUUACUAGGCGUCCUUAUAUUAUCCUUGUUAUAACCUUCUUGAAAAGAUUUUUUUGAUAAAAACCGGUCUUGGGUAGUAUGAGUCGUCAAUACAGUAACAGCCGAAGCCGAACACGAAGCCGCGGACGAGUCGAAAGCCGCAAUAGGAACCUCAAUCAGGAUGGACGGCGUAAGCGUAGCAGAAGUACUAGUAGUAGUAGUAGAAGUUCCAGUAGAAGCAGAAGCAGGAGUUAUUCCAGAAGUAGUCGCAGUAGUUACACAAGUUCUGACUCAAGUUCCCGCUCUCGAACCCAUUCUUCCUCCCGUUCCCGUUCUCGCUCUUAUUCUAGAAGUCGUUCGAGGGGUCGUCGCCGAACUUCCUCCCGCUCUCGUAAAAGUGCUAGUCCUGAAAAAAGUCGCAAGUUAUGUGUAAGCAACUUGACUAGAAAUGUUACUCAAGAACACUUGCGUGAGAUUUUUUCUAUGUUUGGUAAAGUUGUAGAAGUUCGCCUGCCGCUGGAUCGCACUCUCGGGAUUCACAAAGGGGUUUCGUAUAUAACCUUUGAAAAAGCGGCCGAAGCCUUGGUUGCCCACGAGCACAUGUUUGGUGGUUCUGCCUGGAUCGACGGUCAGCACAUAAAUUGUGAGUUCGUUUUGGAGCAGCAACGGAAGGCGUCACCUCGUCGCCGCCGAAUCUCCUCCCGAUUCAGAACUCCUCCUCGGAGAUCCCCCCUUUAUCGGCGCCCGUUUAUUGGGAGGUUCAGGUAUAAUGACCGUAUGCCUCGAAGAAACUAUUCCCCUCGACGGCGAGCUUUAUCGCCGCGUUAUAGCCGGAGAUCUCGAACUCGCAGCCGGUCUCGGACGGGCAGUCGCUCGCGAACUCGGUCUCGCUCGAACAGUCCGCGCCGUACCAAGACUGGUGUUGGAAGGGCCCCUCGCAGUAGAAGCCGCAGUCGCCAACGCAACCGCGUCAGUUCUCCGCCUACUAAAAGCGAGGGGGAUCGCCAGGAGAGGACUUGAAUAGACCUGCCUUUUAUAGAAAGCCGAACAUUCUUAUUUAUAUCUUGCUUAUAUAUUUAGGCAGGUAGCGUUGGGGUUUGCUGAUAAUCAAAAGUGUUUAAGAAAUUCUUUAUUUUCUGAUUGCCCUUUUAGGCGUCAGUAAUUGUACAAAUAAAGUUUUUACAA